GUACGUUAUAUGGUUCCUCUUCUUCUCUCUGAAACUGUGGACUCCUCUCGCUCAAAGUCUUUCUAGCGUUCAACCAUUGAUCGCACUUCUCUUUCUCUGUUUCAAUUUCAAAGAACAAGUUUCUUUGCCCAUAUAAAAAGACAAAGAUAAUUAGAUUUGUGUUAUUCCUUUUCUGGGGGGAUUUUUAACACCCAUUUUAUAUCUCUUGACGAGAGGAAGGGACAAAGAGAGAAAGGAUGAUGGCCAAUUGUGACUAUGAAGAGCUGGAAGAAAUGGAUGAUGACCUGGAGGAAGAUGUAUUUUCACCAAACAUACAACAAUGGAAGAGUAUGCCAUUGCUGAACUCAGAUGCCAAGGAAAGAUAUAAUGAUAUUGCUGACCGAAGUCCAGAAGACUCUGCUAAAUUUCCUAAGCACAUAAAGCUGAUGAAAAACACUGACAUUGGAGAUGUUAUAAAAGAGCGAGCUCUUGCUUUCCUUCCAGCCAAGUCACUGUACAGGUUCAAAACCGUUUCAAAAGAGUGGGAUCAGUGGAUCAACAAUCCAUUUUUUGUUCACAUGCAAACUACUCAAUUCAAGGAAGUUUCUGGUCUUUUUUGUCAGCCCCCAGGUGAAAGUCCUUCCUUCAUCUCACUUGAUCCAACUGCUUUUGGCAUUCCUAGUGAAGGCCUCAGUUUCUUGCCUGAACCCGUUGAUAUCAGAACCACUUGCAAUGGAUUGAUCUGCUGUCAAGGCCGUGGUGGAGAUCAAGCCUAUUACAUUUGCAACCCUGUGAACAAGGAAUGGAGGAUGCUGCCCAAGCCAAAAUUGUAUCACGGACCUCAAACAGCCAUAGCACUAGCUUUCGAACCUGCUGUAUUCAACUUUAACGCAAAUUAUGAGCUCAUCUGCGUUGUCAAUUUGCCUGAUACUUCUGUUUUGUGUUUUGAGAUAUACUCCUCGAGGACAGACUCUUGGAGAAUCAGUGAAACAGUAUGCUUUGAGCUGAAUUCUGUAGCAUUGAAUGGUGAUGGAUUCUACAUGAAGGGAUAUGCCUAUUGGGAAACCCAGUGUGAUGCAAUUUUGGCAUUUGAUGUUAAGUAUGAAACUUAUGGGAUGUUCAGUCUCCCGCCUUGCAGAGAACCAACUGGUGCUUUGACAGAGAUACGAGGGAAUUUGUUCUACCUUAUGCCCCGCAAACAAGAUGAAUGCUCAAUUGAAGUCUACGGGGAUAUCAGUAUGAGUCUGAAGCAUGUGAUUCCUCUUGAUCCUAAAGCUCUGGGGAACACGGAUGGGUUGUGCAGGGCUUUGUCUUUUGUGAAUGAUGACACAUUUAUCCUUGAUCUUGAGGGGAAGAUUAUUGCUUAUAAUGCAACAUCACAUAAGGUGGAAUGCCUGAGAAAUGCAAGGAAUUAUGAAGGAUUUGCAAAGUAUCUGCCAUAUGUGAACAGCCUUGUAACUGUUUCCCGCCCGGUGUUUAGCAAAUGGGAGGAUGGCAUCUAGCUGCAGCGUAUGUAGAAACUAUUUUCUACCUUAACAUAUUUUGUCAGUUUACUCCCAAAACCCGUUGAGAGGAUUACUGACUUCCUAAUAUGAUGUUUUUGGUUGUUCAAAUUCAAAAUUCUAUGGAAGUUAACCUAAACGAACUUCCUUUUUGAGCUUGUAAUUUCUUUCAACACCGGUGGUUCUGAAUCAAUGAUCAAAUGAUAUGAACUGGUUUUUUCUUCGA